UUUGGUCUGAACGAUGCGGGCUUUUGAAGCCCGGAGAUAGGGAAGAUGGUUGCCCUAGUAAAACGGAAAACCUAGACCUCGUUGUGUGGCCAGGGAAGACAUCUGAAGCGCCUAAAGGGUGGGAGUUUCCGACAAGUGGGAAGAAGCUGAGGGUUGGAAUCCCGCCAAAAGGAGGGUUCCAUGAAUUCAUUGAUUUCGCGAAAAAUGUUUUCGAGGAGGUAUGGAAUAAGACGCCCUAUGCUGCGCCAAUCGAAUAUAUACAGAGUGAUGAUGGUGAAGAUUAUGAUGAUUUUGUCAAGAAGUUAGAUCUUAAGGUGAUUGAUGUAGUGGUGGGAGAUGUGACUAUCACGGCGGAAAGAUCGGAGUGGGCAGAUUUCACGAUUCCUUACACGGAAUCUGGGAUUGCGAUGGUUGUCCGAAGCGAGCCUGAUGACACGAAGAAUGCUUGGAUAUUCAUGAAGCCUUUAACCGGUGGCCUCUGGAUAACAAUUGGAGCAUUCUUCGUCUUCACCGGGGUUGUUGUAUGGAUUCUUGAGCAUCGGAUAAACGAAGAAUUCCAAGGCCCCCGUCACAAGCAAAUCGGGAUGAUUUUCUGGUUCUCGUUCUCAACACUUGUUUUUGCACACAAGGAGAAAGUGAGUAGCAACUUGACAAGAUUCGUGCUGAUUGUCUGGGUGUUCGUGGUGCUGGUUUUGACAUCGAGUUACACUGCGAACUUGACAUCCAUGCUAACGGUGGAGCAACUGAAUCCUGAAAUCAACGCUGGAGAUUGUGUUGGUUACCAGAAUGGCUCCUUUGUUCGUGAUUUCUUGAAGGACGAGAUGAAUUUUGAUGAGUCCAAUCUUCGAAACUACAGCACGUUGGAAGAAUUCGACGAAGCCCUCUCCAAAGGCUGCAGCAAUGGAGGAGUUGAUGCAAUCUAUGAUGAAAUGCCUUACGUUAAUCUCCUUCUCUCCAAAUCAAAGAAUGCCAAGAAGUAUAGAAUGAUUGGUCCGACUUAUCCGAAUUCUGGCUUUGGAUUCGCAUUUACAAGGGGUUCGCCACUAGUUUCGGAUGUUUCAAGAGGGAUCGUUAAGCUGACAGCAAGCAAGGAAAUAUCGAGAAUCUCGGAGAAAUGGGUUGGGGAUGCUAGUAAUGGAACUCGGAUCACCUCUCACAAUAGCCUCGAUGUAGCUAGCUUUGAGGGGCUCUUCCUCAUCGCGGGCCUGUCAUCGAUACUAGCUCUGCUUAUAUUCUCCUUCAAUUUCUUACAUGAGAAUCGGGUUUUGUUGGCAUCUACUGAUUCGACAAUGGAAAAGCUUCGCGGACUUGCUAGAGCGUUUGUGAUGGGAAAAGACAAGCCGUUGUCGCCAAAGACAUCGGCUUCAAGACAAGUUCGUGGAGGUGGUGGAGGAGGAGGAUCAAGUGCAGCUAUGGGCAUUCCAUGUGAUGAAGGGUUCUCAAUAGUAGAAAUCAGUAAUGUAAAACCUGCAUUGAACAACAAGAGGCUACUUCUAUUGAUUUAG